AUGGAAUUCUGGAUUUCUCUGUCUUCUAUCUUUAAGCCUCCAGGGACUCUCCCUUUGAUAUCUGUAGUAGAGAACCGGGUUCCCAAGCAGUGGAAACAAAAGCUGCAGGAUCUCUUAAAGCUAGGCUCCGGAGCUCUGUCCCCUUGUCACUUUCUUCACAUUCUGUUGGUCAGAGCAGGUCAGUCAGUUUCAAGGGGACAGGAAAUAGGCUUCACCUCUUUAGGGGAGGAGCAGCCAAGUCCCAUGAUACAGGUUGAGCAGUAUGGCAAAGAUUGUUGUAGCCAUCUUUGGAGACAGUCUGCCUCAGCCUGA